AGGAGUAAACAACAGAAGUCAUACACAGCGGCUGUCUAUAUAGAAAGCUAUAAAAAGGAAAAAUAAUAAAAUAUCUAAAUAGAUAAUGAAAAUUUUAUAUCAAAUCUUUGGCAUCCUGGUGAUAGCAACAGCUGUUGCCGUUUCUAAUGCAGCUUCAUUUUUGGCAAAUAAACCCGACUAUUUGAUACCCUGUUAUCUGCAGGAUCCAAACUUUAACAAUUGUUUUGCCAAAAAUUUUCAAGUGCUAUAUACCGAGUGGAAGGAUGGUGUACCCGGUCUCAAGGCGGCAGGUUCAUUUGAUCCGCUCUAUGUAAAACGUAUUAUUAUUUCACAAGAUCCCAAUAAUCAAUUGGCCUUAAAUGCUGAUCUUUCGAAUGUGGUAAUAACUGGUGCCAGUAAAAUGAAAGUUCAAGAAAUCAAAUUCGAUAUAAAAACAUUGAGUUAUUAUGCCAAAAUAUUGGCACCAAAAUUACGUCUUGAUUUCGAUUAUAAACUUAAUGGACGUAUUUUAAAUUUACCUUUAAAAAGCAAUGGCAAGGCUUUCAUGGAAGUUGAAAAUUUCGUAAUGGUUCUUAAACUACAAGUUAAACUACGUGACGAUCAUGGUUUCACCUUUACCGAUAUAGAAAAAUUACACAUGGAUAUUAAAGAUGUUGGCGGCUUCCAUGUUUAUUUCGAUAAUCUUUUUAAUGGCCAAAAAGAUUUAGAGGACAGUAUAAAUGGUGUUUUCAAUGAGAAUUGGCGUGAAUUUUAUCAAAUUGAAAAACCUGCCAUAACUACAUCCAUUCAAGAGAUUAUGAAAGAUCGUCUAUCAAAGGUAUUCAGUUAUGUGCCCGGCAAUUAUUUCAUUGCUGAUAUACCAAGUGCUGCUCAGUAUAAUGGUUAACGAUUGUAAUGUAGUGAAUAAAUAUUUUAAGAA